AUGCGGGGCCGGCGCGGGAGGCCGCCCAAGCAGCAGCAGCCGGCGGCGGCCGCCGCUCCGGCGAGCGCCCCGGCCCCGGCGGGCCCCAUCGGCGGGCUGCGCUCCCGGCAGCGCGGCAGCAGCCGCGGCAGGUGGGCGGCCGCGGCCCAGCCGGAGACGGCGGGGCCCAAGCAGAAGGGAGCCGGCGCUGCCCAGGCCUCGCCGCCCGCCGCCGCCUCGCCCAGGGGGGGCGGCAAGAGGAAGGCGGGCGGCGGCGGCGGCACCCCCGGUGGGGGAGGCAGCGGCGGUAAGGGCAGGGGCAGGGCCGGGGCGGCAGGAGCAGGGGGAGGAGGAGGAGGCGCAGGAGGCAGCUGCAACAGCCAAGGCAGGGCUGCCUCGUCCAGGAGGAGCAUCAGCAAAGUGGUGUACGACGAUCAUGAGAGCGAGGAGGAGGAGGAGAGCAUGGUGUCCGAGGAGGAGGAGGAGGGAGACCCCGAGGAUAACCAGAACUCCGAGGAGGAAGAGGAGGAGGAGAUAAUGGAGGAGGAGGACGACGACGACUCCGACUACCCCGAGGAGAUGGAGGAUGAGGACGACGCCAGUUAUUGCACUGAGAGCAGCUUCAGGAGCCACAGCACCUACAGCAGCACCCCAGGUAGGAGAAGACAAAGAGCACAUCGUCCUCGUUCUCCGAUACUGGAAGAGAAAGAUAUCCCACCCUUGGAGUUUCCUAAAUCCUCAGAGGACUUAAUGGUGCCUAGUGAGCAUAUAAUGAAUGUUAUUGCCAUCUAUGAGGUACUAAGGAACUUUGGCACUGUUUUACGCCUCUCUCCUUUUCGUUUUGAGGACUUCUGUGCUGCUCUGGUAAGUCAAGAGCAGUGCACACUUAUGGCAGAGAUGCACAUAGUGCUUUUAAAAGCAGUUUUACGUGAAGAAGACACUUCAAAUACUACCUUUGGACCUGCUGACCUCAAAGAUAGCGUUAAUUCCACUUUGUAUUUCAUAGAUGGAAUGACGUGGCCAGAGGUCCUGCGGGUUUAUUGUGAGAGUGACAAGGAAUACCAUCAUGUUCUUCCUUACCAAGAGACAGAGGACUAUCCUUAUGGACCAGUAGAGAAUAAAAUCAAAGUCCUGCAGUUCUUAGUGGAUCAGUUCCUUACCACAAACAUUGCCCGGGAGGAGUUAAUGUCAGAAGGUGUCAUUCAGUACGAUGAUCAUUGUAGGGUUUGUCACAAACUCGGGGAUUUGCUGUGCUGUGAGACCUGCUCGGCCGUGUAUCACCUGGAGUGUGUGAAACCCCCCCUGGAGGAGGUGCCCGAGGACGAGUGGCAGUGUGAGGUCUGUGUGGCACACAAGGUGCCUGGAGUGACUGACUGUGUGGCUGAAAUCCAAAAAAACAAGCCCUACAUCCGACACGAACCCAUUGGAUACGACAGGCACAGGAGGAAAUACUGGUUCCUGAACAGGAGGAUCAUCAUAGAGGAAGAUUCAGAAAGUGAGAAGGAUAAGAAAAUCUGGUACUACAGCACAAAGAUCCAGCUGGCAGAGUUGAUUGAAUGCCUGGACAAAGAUUACUGGGAAGCUGACCUAUGCAAAACCCUGGAUGAGAUGCGUGAGGAGGUUCAUCGGCACAUGGACGUGACAGAAGAUCUCACAAACAAAGCAAGGGGCAACAACAAGUCUUUCCUUUCUGCAGCAAAUGACGAAAUUUUGGACAUCAUCAGAGCAAGAAAAGGAGAAAUAGUGGAAGAUAAAAACACGGGAGAUGAUGAAGGAGAAAAGGCGAAAAGUGAUGGUGAUAAUGACCAGACAGAUGCUGAGAGAGACAAGGAAGAAUCUGGAGAUCAAGAUAAAAUUGAGGAAACACAGAAUGAGCAAGAUGUGGAAAAAGAGAAAACAGAAGAGGCAACAGUCGUUGGGGAUAAAAGUAACUGUGUGACACCAAGCACUGAUGACAACACCACAAAUCCUUCUGCAGGAGACAGUAGUUGCCCUGAAGGGAAGAACGUGGGGUGUCAGUCAGAAACCCUUGAUAGCAACAACGUGGCAGAGAAGAAGGUGGCACCAGAGCUCCCCCUGGAACUCUCAGAAGAAACUGGUCAGAUGAUCCCCAGCAACAGCAGCAGUGGGUCUGCUGCACCUCCACAGCCAGAUGUUGAAAACAGCAGUGGCAGUGAGCAGAACGACUCCAUCAGGACUCUGGAUGAUGCUGAAAAUGCAGAGAGGGGAUCCCAGACUUCAGAGGACAUAGGAGAGAAAUCUAAUGGUGAAAGAAGUGAUUCUCCAGGAGCAGGAAGAGGCACACCAGGCUCUACACGAAUGCUCACCAGGUUGAGGAAUCCAGACAGCAAACUGAGCCAGAUGAAAAACCAGCAGGUUGCUGCUGCAGCACAGGAAGCAAAUAAGUUAUAUAAAGAAACCAGAGAGGUCCUGGUGGUGAACUCUCAAGGCGAAGUCUCCCGAGUGAACACUAAGAAGGACGUUGUGAUUAAAGGAAAUAUGAACAAUUACUUCAAGUUGGGGCAGGAGGGGAAGUACAGAGUUUAUCACAACCAAUAUGCCACCAAUUCCUUUGCAUUGAACAAGCACCAGCACAGGGAGGACCACGACAAGAGACGACACCUCUCCCAUAAAUUCUGCCUGACCCCAGCUGGGGAGUUCAAGUGGAACGGGUCUGUGCAUGGCUCCAAAGUCCUGACCAUCUCCACCUUGAGGCUCACCAUUAUUCAGCUGGAAAACAACAUCCCAGCCUCAUUCCUUCACCCUAACUGGGCUUCCCACAGGUCUAACUGGAUUAAGGCUGUUCAGAUGUGCAGCAAGCCCAGAGAAUUUGCACUAGCACUGGCUAUAUUGGAGUGUGCAAUUAAACCAGUUGUCAUGCUGCCCAUCUGGAGGGAAUCCUUGGGGCACACAAGAUUACGCAGAAUGACAGCAAUAGAAAGAGAAGAAAAGGAGAAAGUGAAAAAAAAAGAGAGGAAACAAGAGGAAGAAGAAACCAUGCAGCAAGCUACGUGGGUGAAGUACACAUUUCCUGUCAAACAUCAGGUUUGGAAGCAAAAAGGAGAGGAAUACAGAGUAACAGGAUAUGGUGGCUGGAGCUGGAUUAGUAAAACCCAUGUGCACAGGUUUAUGCCCAAACUGCCAGGAAAUACUAAUGCAAAUUACAGAAAAUUGCUAUCAACAAAGAGCGAAGAUGAAAAAUGCAACUUGGAUAAACGAAAAGGGCCCACUAAGGUAAAAACAGAGAAAGACAGAGCAAAGGAUUCUCGUGAUGUGCAAGCAAAAGACAAAGCAGAUGUUUCAGAAACCUUGGAGAAAGUGAAAGAAGAAAAGUUGCCUGAAGACAAAGUAGAAGUUGAUACAAUUUCUGAAAACUUGGAUCAGGCAAAAGGCACAGCGGAGAAGGAGAUCGAUGGUGAAAAUGAUAAAGUCAUCAAGGAAGAACCUAUGGAUGUAGAUGAUGUGAAAAUUGAAUCCUCCAUGAAAGAUGAGGACAGUCACUGUAAGCUGGAUAUAAUCAAUGUCAGUGAGGGCUUUCAUUUAAGGACUUGCUACAAAAGGAAAGUAAAAUCAUCCAAAUUAGACGGACUUCUGGAGCGGAGAAUAAAACAGUUCACGCUGGAGGAAAAACAACGCCUGGAGAAGAUGAAACUGGAGGCUGGUGCUAAAACUGGGGGCAUUCGGUCUGUGAGCCCCCAGAAAAACACAGAUGAGCUACAGAGGAAAGGAAAAGAAGGAGGCCAGUUUGACAUUUCCUCCCAAGAUCAGACCUACAUGUCAGAUAAGACCCAGCCUGAAGAUGCAGAACAGGACUCUUUGCCCAUCAGCAGCAUCUGCUCUACCAAAACUGGUGAGGAGGAGGAACCUUUGACAAACAGGCUGUCAAAAGGAGAAGGGCAGCUACUGGAUGAAGGCUCACCUCAAUCCUUUGAAGGAGAAAGCUCCAUUCACAGUGAUGGUAAAGAAAACAACUCUGAACCUACAACUGCUGAUAAGUGUCGAGGACAAGAGGCUCUUGGGGAGUCUGAGAGUUCUUUAGUGGAUGGUUUGAAGCAAACCAGUGCAGGAGGCAAAAUCAAAUGGGACAUUUCAGAAACAAAUGAAGAACCUUUGGAACAAAAACUACCUGUUACCAGAGUAUCUCAGCGAGAACUUGAAAACUUAGGGCCAGUGGUACCUGAAAGUGGCUGUCGAAGAGAUGCUGUGGCCACUCCUGAAAAACCAGGUUCAGAAGGGAAUUCUGAGCAGCAGAGCAAAGAUCCAGAAAACAAUUGUAUGACAAAAAGCCAUAUGGAAACGACGUCCUCUCAAGAAAGUGAAAUGGAGGAAGAAAUUCCUUCUGUAAAGACUGAAAGUAAAUCUGAAAAGAAGAUCAUAUUUCACCAAAAAUCAGCUAAUAAAGACCUAGAACCACUUAAAUCAGGGCUGAUUUCUGAAAGAAACCUGGAAAGUCAAACUUUGGAGCACAUGGAUGGGGUAGAUGUUAACGAGGAUUUACUGAGCUCCAAACUAACUGAGGCUAAUGGUCAAAAGAAAGGUCAGGAACUGAAAGUGGAAACAAGUACCAUAAACAAAUAUCAUGAUCAGACAAAUGUAAAUACUGACAAAAAGAAUAAUAACGAUGAUGAAACUGAGGCAGAUGUAGAAAAAGAAAAAUCAUUGUUUCAAAUGAAUGGAAAAGACAGUGACAUUAAAGGUUUAUCAAAUGAUGAGUGCUCGGUGAAAGAUACCUGUGAAGCUAAGGCAGGGGGUGAUAUUGAACCAAAAGUUAAUAAUAUUAAUAAAUCCAUUCCAGAACAUGAAAUAAAACCAUUGACUUUUAAGGAAUCUUCAGUGAAACCAUUCAUGAAUGGUGACAUCAUGGUAGAGGACACAAAGGACAAAAAUAAUGUGGCCUCAAAGUCACAUCUGCAGAGUUCACCUGAGUCUGGAGAGGGUCUUCAGCCACCACAUGAAGUUCCCAAGUAUGUGCAGAAAACUGAAGAAAACCAGCUUUCUCCUGAGAGAUCUGCCAGUGUUGGCUCUGCUUCCCCAUCAACACAGACUGUCUGUAAAGAAAAGACCCUGAGUAGUGAGACAGAAUCCAUGGAAACUGAGGUCACUGAGGAGAACAAAGUUGCUCCGUCGCCUGUAACCUCGUGUGAGGAAUCCAGCCUGAGCGGUCACUUCGCUGACCGGAACGGGGUCCAGGCACAUCAGAUGGAAAACAUGAAUGGGGAAAGUAAAGUAAAAACUGUUAUUACUGAGGUGACUACCACGACUUCAACUGUGUCCACGGAAUCCAAAACGGUGUUUAAGGUGGCGGAGACGGGAGCUGCCAGUGAGGAGAAAACCACGGUGGUUUCAUCUACAGAAAACUGUGCCAUAUCCACUGUAACCACCACCACCACUGUAACCAAGCUCACCACUCCAGCCACAGACAGCAACACUGAUGUCAUUUCUGUCCAGGAGCACAGUAAAACAGUGGUGACAACAACAGUCACCGACUCCCUGACCACCCCGGAGGGCACACUGGUGACUUCCAUGACUGUCAGCAAGGAAUAUUCCACAAAAGACAAAGUGAAGCUAAUGAAGUUUGCAAGACCCAAAAAAACUCGUUCUGGAACUGCCUUACCAUCCUAUAGAAAAUUUGUUACCAAAAGCAGUAAAAAAAGCAUAUUUGUUUUACCCAAUGAUGACUUAAAAAAGCUGGCCAGGAGAGGGGGGAUCAGAGAGGUUCCCUAUUUCAAUUACAAUGCAAAGCCUGCCUUGGAUAUCUGGCCAUAUCCAUCCCCAAGACCAACUUUUGGGAUCACUUGGAGGUACCGACUCCAAACAGUCAAAUCCUUGGCUGGGGUGAGCCUGAUGUUGAGAUUGCUCUGGGCAUGUCUCAAGUGGGAUGAUAUGGCAGCAAAAGCUCCACCUGGGGGAGGAACCACAAGGACAGAAACAACUGAAACUGAAAUUACAACAACAGAAAUAAUCAAGAGGAGAGACGUUGGUCCGUAUGGAAUCCGGUCAGAGUACUGUAUAAGAAAAAUUAUUUGUCCCAUUGGUGUCCCAGAGGCUCCAAAAGAAACUCCAACACCCCAGAGGAAGGGACUUCGAUCAAGUGCCCUCAGGCCAAAAAGGCCAGAAACACCCAAGCAAACAGGCCCUGUAAUAAUGGAAACUUGGGUAGCAGAGGAGGAGUUGGAACUGUGGGAGAUCAGGGCAUUUGCUGAAAGGGUGGAGAAGGAAAAGGCACAGGCAGUUGAACAACAGGCUAAGAAACGGCUGGAGCAGCAGAAGCAGAUCCCUGCAGGAGGGGUGGUGGCUGCAGCCACCACAUCCAGCAGCACUGCCACCACUGUGUCCACUCCUCAGAAAGUCGUGGUGGGCCCCUUGGCAGGCCCAGUCCCCACGGGAACCAAAGUAGUGCUGACUACUAAAGUGGGUUCUCCAGCCACAGUAACAUUCCAACAGAACAAGAACUUCCAUCAGACUUUUGCUACUUGGGUUAAACAAGGCCAAUCUUCAACAGCCACUAGCACAGCUGCCACCUCAGCCACAACCAUUGCCAGCACAGGGCAGACCUUCCAGCUCUCAGGCAGCCCAGUAACGAUGGCAGGGAAAGUGAUAACUAAGCUGCCACUCCCUGCAAACAGCAAGAUUGUUGCCGUCAAUGUGCCAUCAACUCAAGGAGGUGUGGUUCAAGUUCAGCAAAAGGUAUUGGGUAUCAUUCCAUCAACUACAGGUGCAAGUCAAACCUUUACUUCAUUCCAGCCAAGGACAGCAACUGUAACCAUUAGGCCAAACACCACAGGGACAUUAGGAACAACAAGCACUUCACAAGUAGUGCCAGGGACACCGCUCCGCCCUGGAAUGACAGUGAUCCGGACACCACUCCAGCAGUCAACCCUUGGGAAGACCAUCAUCAGAACACCUGUAGUGGUGCAACAAGGUAUUCUUCCAGCCAGUCAGACACAGCAAGUGGUGACUCAGAUAAUCAGGGGUCAGCCUGUCUCAACAGCAGUUUCCAGUACCAGCACAGCUGCUUCCAGUGCUGGGCAGAAAACAGUCACAAGUUCUGGAACUCCCCCUCAGCCAGUGCAGCCACAGACCCCCUCGCAGCCCCCUCGCCCUCAGCAGGGGCAGGUGAAGCUCACCAUGGCCCAGCUCACCCAGCUCACACAAGGACAGGGUGGCAGUCAAGGCUUAACUGUGGUAAUUCAGGGACAAGGUCAGACUACUGGUCAGCUACAAUUAAUCCCUCAGGGUGUGACUGUAAUACCUGGCCCAGGACAGCAACUAAUGCAAGCAGCUAUGCCAAAUGGUACAAUUCAGAGGUUCCUUUUCACCCCACUCCCAGCAGCUGCUACUACAGCCAGCACAACUACAACCACGGUUUCUACUUCAACCUCGGGUACAGGGGAGCAGAAGCAGGCUCUGCAGGCCCAGCCAGCAUCAGCACUGCCACCAGUUCAGGGACAGCCUCCGAGCCAGCAGCAGUCCCAGGCUCCGGCGCAGACCCCGCCUUUGCCCCAGCCCGAGGCUCAGGGCCAGCCCGAGGCUCAGACUCCAGCUCCUGGUGACUCUCCAGUCCCUCCCGAAGCACAACCGUCUAAAUCUCCGGCUCAGUCUCCAGCCCAGGCUCCAGGGCUCUCUCCAGCGCCAGUCCCGAUCCAGCCACAGCCCGCGGUGCUGCCCCAAGGCCAGUCCCAAGCCCAGGCUCAGCAACCAGCUCAGGUGCAGACUCCAACCCACCAACCGAGCCCGAUGCAGCCCCCUGCUCCCAUCCAAAUUCCAGCUCAGCUGCAGCAGGUCUCAACCCUUCCGAGUUUAAAUCAGGUUCCUGUGCAAUCCCCAGCUCGUCCUCAGCUGCAACUUCAGCAGCCUCCAACAAAAGUUAUUGCAGUGCCUCAGCUUCAGCAGCGAGUGCAAGUUCUCUCCCAGCUGCAGUCCCAGGUGGUGGCUCAGAUACAAGGCAGUUUGCCCCAGCAGAUCAAGCUGCAGUUACCCCUUCACAUCCACCAAAGCAGCCCAGGGCAGGCUCACCAGAUUCAGAAUGUGGUGACAGUGCAAGCAGCUAGUGUUCAGGAGCAGCUGCACAGAGUUCAGCAGCUCAGGGAGCAGCAACAGAAGAAAAAGCAGCAACAGAUAGAAAUUAAACGUGAGCACACCCUUCAGGCUUCUAAUCAAAGUGACAUUAUCCAGAAACAGGUGGUUAUGAAGCAGAAUGCUGUCAUAGAACACCUGAAACAGAAGAAGAUGCUGACUCCAGCUGAGAGGGAAGAAAAUCAGAGGAUGAUUGUGUGCAACCAAGUGAUGAAAUAUAUUCUGGAUAAGAUAGACAAGGAAGAAAAACAGGCAGCUAAGAAGCGGAAGCGAGAGGAGAGCGUGGAGCAGAAGCGCAGCAAACAGAACGCCACCAAGCUCUCAGCUCUGCUCUUCAAGCACAAAGAACAGCUGAAAGCUGAAAUACUGAAAAAAAGAGCACUUCUGGACAAAGAUCUACAGAUUGAAGUGCAGGAGGAGCUAAAGAGAGACUUGACUAAAAUUAAGAAAGAAAAGGAAAAGGCCCAGGCAGCAGCUGCUGCAGCAGCAGCCGCAGCCGCCGCAGCCGCAGCCGCUGCCCCACCACCACCACCACCAGUGCCACCAGUGCCACCACCACAGCAGGCAGCCAGUGUCACCUCCUGCUCCUCCACCACUGUCCCAGUGCCAGUGUCCUCCCAGAAGAGGAAACGAGAGGAGGAGAAGGAUUCCUCGGCUUCCAAGUCCAAGAAAAAGAAAAUGAUUUCUACUACCUCAAAGGAAACGAAGAAGGACACAAAGCUUUACUGCAUCUGUAAAACGCCUUACGACGAGUCCAAGUUCUAUAUUGGCUGUGAUCUUUGUACUAACUGGUAUCAUGGAGAAUGUGUUGGAAUCACAGAAAAGGAGGCUAAGAAAAUGGAUGUGUACAUCUGUAAUGAGUGUAAACGGGCACAAGAGGGCAGCAGUGAGGAGUUGUACUGUAUCUGCAGAACACCUUAUGAUGAGUCGCAAUUCUACAUUGGCUGUGACCGGUGUCAGAACUGGUAUCACGGGCGCUGCGUUGGCAUUUUGCAGAGCGAGGCCGAUCUCAUCGACGAGUACGUGUGUCCCCAGUGCCAGUCCACAGAGGAUGCCAUGACUGUGCUCAGCCCCCUCACUGACAAGGACUAUGAAGGGUUAAGGAGAGUCCUGCGCUCCUUGCAGGCUCACAAGAUGGCAUGGCCCUUCCUAGAACCAGUAGAUCCCAACGAUGCACCAGAUUAUUAUGGUGUCAUUAAAGAACCAAUGGACCUGGCCACCAUGGAAGAACGGAUCCUGAAACGCUACUACAAAAAGGUCACGGAGUUUGUGGCAGAUAUGACCAAAAUUUUUGAUAACUGCCGUUACUACAAUCCCAGUGACUCCCCUUUUUACCAGUGUGCAGAAGUUCUCGAGUCUUUCUUUGUACAGAAACUAAAAGGAUUUAAGGCAAGCAGCCGGAGGUGUGUUUGAGUGUGCGCUGACACGUGGGCUCCGUGCAGGAGUGCAGGUAUUGCAAGGAACAGGGGUGGGAAUGGCCAGGGAGGUCGGAUCCCACUGCUCCCAAGGUUGUGGAUACCAGGGUUCAUUCCUAAGCACCUGUUAUCCCAUUAUAAUGUCGCUCCAGUGGUGCCAGAAUGACUGUAACAGAUGGAACAGGGUAAGGAAGUAUCUUGUGAAGUGUCCCUGCCCACUGCUGAAUUCAGGGGUGUUUGCCAAGUGCUCUGGGAAUGUGGAGUACCACGUGUAACUGUAUCCCUGGGAGGCGUCCUGGGCUGCCUCCGUGUUUCCUGUGGGAUAAACUGGAGUCCAAGAAGAUGCAAAUUGCAGAUGAGGAGGUUUUCUUUCCCAUCUCCCCCCUGCAAGUGACUUGCUCAUGGUACCUGUCUGUAGUUCCCAGCCCUGGUUUCUCUGCAGCUCCUCGACCACCUUUUGCACUAAUUCACAGUCAACUUGUGUUCCACAGUGGUCUGGGAUUUACCUGAUUCAUGGAUAAGCUCCUUUUGGGUUUCACCUCACACCUUGCUAUGCAAGAACCUCGUCUGUUAUUUUUCUUACAAAGGUGUUGCUGCUCACCACCCUUUCUUACACUUCAGCUCAGGUGUUCAGGUUCUUCUGGGGGGAUUUUAUCUACUAAAAACUCGUGUGUUUUUGUACAUACAAAUGUUGUCAUUUAACCUAUAUGUGAAAAUUACUAAUUGUUCAGUGUGGAAACAAUAAUCCAUUUAUGCUUCUGAAAGUCAAAGAAGAGUAGUUGCAUUUAGGUUAUGUUGUCCUUUGAAGUUUUUUUAAAAAAUGCUGCAUAUUGUAAGCAUUGUGUUUUAAUGCAACAAGGAAAAACCUCCCCGUUCACAGCACUGGGAAUAUCCUGCAUCUCAUCCAAACUCCUCAGUAUUUCUGGACUAUUUAUUCAUACUUAAAUCCAUAUGACAUGGUUUAAACCUUUCCUACCUGUAGGCAAUAGAUUGCUGUUUUUAACAAAUUGUGGCAAACUGAACAGUACUUUUUUGUACCUUAUAGGACACAUCAUCCUAGACAAAUAAAGUAAUGUGUUUGACAUG